AUGGAGAUUGAAAUGCUGGUGGUUCAGGAAAUAGUUAGAUUUCUGAAAGCUGACACGCCUUUUAUGAAUAUCAGGCCUUUAAGGUAUAGUGUUGUACUGGAUCCUCAUCCAGAUGCGCUGCAUGUUGCUGCAUCUGCUGCAAAUCGGAAUUUAAGGUUACGAGAUGCUGUACUAAGCAGCUAUCAUCAUAAUGAGGUCAAGUUUUCAGAGCUCACUCUUGAUGUAUUCAGGAUGCUUCAGUGCUUGGAAUGGGAACCCAGCGGCUCAUUUUACCAGUCCACUGGUGCUAAAAUUAGUCAAAAUGGCCCUCAGGGCACUCGCAUUAACCACUCCCAGGAUAUAGCUGAUCCUACUUUGCCACCAAAUCCACGCAAAGCCAUCUUAUAUCGUCCAUCUGCAACACAUCUUUUGGCAGUUCUGGCCACCAUUUGUGAGGAACUUCCUCCUGAUGGAGUUCUCUUAAUAUAUUUGUCAGCUUCAGGAAGACUUGGACAGACUGUGUUGUCUCCCUUGGGUUCUGGAACUUGUAGCAAUCCUGCAGAGACUCUUGCUAGGGACUUUCAAUCUAAUACAAUCUCUCCUGUUGUGACUGCAUCUUCUCCAAUCAGGUCUCCAGGUCAUAGUUCAAACUCUCCUUCAAGGCAAACCAAAGGAGAAUGCAGGGGUUACCAUAAUAAUUAUUUGCACUUCGGUACUCGUGGAAAUGGAGGAUUAAGCUGCAUUUAUCCUUGUGACUUAAUUCCUUUCACAAGAAGACCCCUUUUCAUAAUCAUCGACAGUGACAGUAGUGAAGCAUUUAAGAGUAUAAGUGGAGCUGAGAAGGGAGAGCCAGCUGGAUUGCUUUUGUCUCCGAGCAUUUCAGUUCCCAUUUCUGCUGUUGAUUCCUCUCGUCAACCCAGUGCCAGUGGCAGCCUUUUCACCAUUUUUCUCACAGCUCCGCUGCAGGCAUUUUGUUUGUUGCUUGGUAUUUUUGGCUCUGAUGUUGAAAUGGCUGAGAAGUUGCUUUCUUCAUCAUUAAAUGAGUGGGGAUCAACUUUGGCCACAUCAGACACUCUUGAUCCAGUUUGGGCACAGAUAUUAAGAGAUCCAUUCCUGAGGCGACUUCUCUUGAGAUUCCUGUUUUGCCGGGCUGUGUUAACACUAUAUUACCCGACCUUUAACAAGAAAGAAUUUCAUCCAGAGUGCUUGCCUAGUCUCCCAGAGUCUGUUCUACCAAUAGCUGUUGCAUCUCAAACUGUUGUUUUCCGGAUAGCCAACGUUUUCGGUGUAGCUGACAGGUUUGUGUUCUCAGAAAGAAAUGAUCUGCUUCAAAAUACAUGUAGUGACAUAGAGACAAGUUCAUCUUCAUGAAGCAUGACCUAAUAAAUUUUUUUUUUGCUUCUAAAUUUGGGCUGUUAUCCAUUUUAAUGUGUGAGCCUCAGUUACCUGGACUUGUGAUUGAUUAGUCAAUCUUAGUUCAGUUGGUUUGGUUUACCUAAGAAUGUAUGAGGACAGUGAUAUCGCACUUCGUUUUCCCAAGUUUGUGUCUUAUUGUUAAGUGAAGUCUUUCAGCUUGAUGGCCUUGCAUUUUUUAAAUUGAGAAAAUUCUAGUAGUGUGAUUGUACACUUGAUCCCUCUUCGUAAAUUACUUUAGCUAUAUUUGUAAAAGGGCUUAUUUGGAAUGCUCUUCAGUGUUUGUAUCAAAAUAAAACCCUUGGACUUGUAUUUU